AUGUCGACCAUCACUCGCGCAUUCACCAAGCGCAACAAGCGCCCGGAAGUGUCGGCGCCCAUGCCGUAUCGCGGCGAAGGACAUGUCCGAUUCAAUUCGGGCUCCAUAAAGCGCGGCAACAUCUCCGGCCCUGUCCAGCUGCUAUCCACCACCAACAUGUUGGCCUACAACGCCCCUGAUCUUGGCUCGUCCAACUCUUCGUCUGCCUCGUCGGUGCAGUCGCGCGACGAUUCUGACUUCGCCAUUUCCCCGCACAGCUAUUCGUCUUCAAUCACUUCGCCCGAUGUCUCCCCCCACGAGUCCUCGCCAGUGGAGGCGAAUCCGUCGUACUUCCCCAAGCGAUCGGCGACUGUAACAAGCGCUCCGCGCUCCUCGGCUACAUCUUCUUCGUCCACAGAGACUCCGCUGGUCCCCAAACGAGCCCUCUCGCACACCAAGCGGUCUCACCAAGAGCUGGCGCGCAAGCGCUCUCAGCAUCGGAUGUCGCCCCCUCCACUCGUUUCCCCACGCAGCAACCCCACCAUGCGUGCUUCGCAAGAUAUGUUUCGAGCGGAUGCGCAUCCUUUCAGCAAGGAACUGGAGCAAGUCAACGAGGUGGCCGAGGAGUUUGGCGCUACGCCAUUGAUGGACGAAGAAGAGCGAAUCCUUCGUCGCAAAGGACUGAAGAAGUUUUCUGUCGAUGAUUACCUCAACGAGAUCCAAGAGCUCUACGGCAGUGUCUUUGAUGAUAAUAUCGGACCCCUCCGGACGGGUGCCUGGUUUUAA